AUGGGUACCGAGACCAAUGACACGAAGAAUCCCGAAACAGCUUCGCUUGCUGGAGACUGGGCGUUAUGGCAGAUGGUAGACUCGCUAUAUCCAACGGGAGGUUUUGCGCACUCUGUAGGCCUUGAAGCUGCAAUGCAGGAAGGUCUUGUGACCGCGUCGUCUCUACGUGAAUUUGUUUCGAUGUCACUGCAUCAAAGCGCCAACUUUGCCUUGCCGCUCGUCUUUUCCUCGCAUCAGAUAGUGACGUCUGAGUAUGAUUUUGUCGACUCAAUUCUGAGUCUUAACAGUCGUGCGACGGCUCUUUAUUCGAACCAUGUCGCGCGCAAAGCUUCGUUUGCUCAAGGCUCCGCACUGCUGAGACUCGCUCUAUCGACGUAUGCGCCGACUUAUCCACGCAUCCAGACCUUGCUAUCGAUUCAAAAAGAGGCUAAAACGCGAGACAAAGGCGGCGUUCACCACGCUGUUCUUUUUGGCGUGGUGUGCGCAUUGCUGGGCGUAGAAGUAGAGUCUACGCAACGCAUGUAUCUCUUCGUGACGACUCGCGAUGUAUUAAGUGCCGCUACGAGGCUUAACCUCGUGGGUCCAUUAGAAGCUUCAAAGCUGCAGUUUGAGACAACAUCACUGCUGGAAAAGGUAUUUCUGGCCAAGAAAAAUCGAGAGGUGGAAGAGUCUUAUUCGUCGGCGCCGGUACUGGAUCUUGCGCAGGCGAUGCAUGAUCAACUCUACACACGUAUUUUUAACAGUUAA